AUGUCCGUUUCAUCAGUUAAAGACACUCUGUCUGUGUUUGGGAUUGGGUCCUGCCUAAUCCUGUUCAAGAUUGCAGUGAUCCCAUACACAUCGACCUUCCUCAUCUCCACUGUCCCCAGCUUCUGGAGCUCCAUCAAGGCCUUCCUGUCCCCACCUUACAUGUACAUCCUCCUCAAUUUCAUUAUCGCCGCCAUUUUCGCUUCUUCCACCUUCCACCACCCGAGCCAGAUCAUCAAACCUGUGAAAAAAGGCUCUCCUCUGAAUCUGAACUUUGGUUUCAAAAGUGGAGAAGAUGAAGCAGCAGUCUUUGAGGUCACUGUUGCGCAAGGAGAAGCCGCCAAAGAGUCUCGUCUUCAAGAUCAAGAAUGGAAAAAUGUCGCCUUUACUCAAAAUCAAGAAGAAGAAGAAGAAGUGGUCAAGCCAAUGGUGGCAGCGGCGGCUUCUGUUGACAAGAACCAAUGUGAUCAUGAACUUUAG